GCGCAUCGCAUCGCAUCGAACGCAAGCAAGAACACAAGCAAGCAACCCACCAACCAUGUCGCCAGCGGCCGCCCCCUCCCGUGAGCCGCGGGCCCCGGCGGUGGAGGUCAUCGGGCCCGGGGAACAACCACCGAACCCCGUGAUCCAGACCAUCCCCUUUGCGAUUCCCCCGCCGCUCCCGGUGGCCUCGCUCCCCUCGACCGGCAGGAACGGAAUCGUCGGAUCGAUCGUCAGAAUGGGGAAAAARUCCGCCAUGGUGUGGGUCGGGUGGGGCCUGCUGGAAGAGGACGGCGCUCCCGCCUCCGCUUCCAGAGCAGAAACAGCGAAAGAAGCUCACGGCGGGGACCCCUCGUGGUCCGGCUUUGGAACGGSGACCCCGGCGAUGGGCCAGCUCGUCCUGGCCAUGCCCCGGACCCGCUACGCCGGGGCCUUUUCGCCGCCGGGCGGGGAGGCCCCCUGCUCCCAGCUGGUGGGGAGCGCCUCCUCGGAGGACCAGAUGCUCGCCAACCAGAUGGCGGCRCGGCUCAGCUCGAGGUCGGGGAUGGCAAUCUACGUCUCCUGCCGGCUCUCCUCGCUCGAGGGCCUGGGSGGAUCCCCCGGCCCCGAGGCGGACACCCUCUGCCAGCGCGCCGCGGCCCUGGCGGAGAGAGAGGCCUGGAAGAUCCUCCGGGAACAGCAGCAGCAGCAGUAGAGACAGCGGGGGGGACGGAGACCGCGGCGACGGGAGGAACCAAAAAAGGGCAAGGCGUGUC